AUGACCGAGGAAACCAAGCCAUCACGCCGUGCGGUGUAUCGUAGCCGCGACCUGGCGCCAGGUCACCCCCUGCUGUUCCCCCGGGAUCCGGGCCCUGACACCGGCCGCCGACGGGCACACGGGCGCCUGGGGCCAUCCUUCGGCCCCGGAGGGGUUACCCCGGCCAGUGUGACCACCGCCGCCGGUGUCACCGCCUCUGCCGCCGCCGCCGCCGCCGGCAGCCACCGGCCCUACUCCUCGGCUUCGGACCGGAAUCCAUCCUCCGGCGCUCGGGUCUCGCCCUGGGUGGCCGGCGGUAAGCCCGGGCCGAAGCAAUUCCCCUCGCGUUUCCCCAAUGCCGGGCCUCCCCCGGCGGAGGGUGCGGCUGGUCGACCCAUGCGACGGUCGAGGCCGCCAAAGCGGUCGUCCUCCCAGCCACCGAUUCCGGAGAACUUCCGUCCAAUCAUCACUUUCACAAAUCCCUCGCGCCCCGGGGACCAGGUCCUCCCCGGGCCGUCUUUCACUCGGCCGCUCGACGAAACCACCCAAUACCGGAGCCGCGACAGUCCGAUUGGCCUGCAGUAUGACCCUCCGCGCUACCGAUACACGAUCCCGCCCGCCCCCCGAUCUGGCUCCCCCUCGGGGCCAAUGACCCUGAGCGAGGUCCCACCCGAAGCCCGGCGUGCCGUGCACCAGGCCAUGGACGACAUGAAGGCCUACCAGCAGGCCACCAGUCCGCACCACCGGGUUUUGAAUUAUUUGGAGGACACCCAUCCGAUGCUCAUCAAUGGCCAGAGUAUCUACCGUGAUGCGCACCUCCCGCAGGCCUUUCGCCAGGCGGCCCUGCGAGCUGUGCCCAAUCGCGCCAACCCGACGGCGCCCCUGGCCUUGGAGAACCUCACCCCGGCUCCGCUGCUGCCAAAUGACAUCGUCAUCCCGCCGGAAGGGAGCCAUAUCAAGUAUCUUCACCGUGGCCAGGCGGCCGCGGCGUCGGUGGCCCGGCUGCGCUUCUCCAACCGCCUUGCCCAUGGCUUGGGGUCGGAUUUGCGGACGGCCUUCUUCGGGGCAUCUCAGCCCGCGGCGACCGGGCAUGCCGCCGGCACCCGGGGGGCCGCCCGGGCGGGCCCCUCCCCCACUGCCCUGGCCAACAAUGCCCCCCCUGCUGCCAGGGUGAGCGCGCCUCCGCACCUGCCGCCGGCCCGGAAGGCCCGCUUGCGUGAUCUUCCCCACACCCGGCGCGCGGCUCGGCCGCUGGCCCCCUUCAUCCUGAGUCCGGCCUCCUGGGUCCGGCACUUGGACCGUGUGAGCAACCUGACACCGGCCGGUAGGGCGCAAUUGUUGCCGCCGCCCUCGAUGCCCCUUCCGACGCCGCUGGCCCCGGGGCCGGCCACACACGGCGGCCAACGCCUGCCCCCGUUGACGCCCUUCGCCGAUACGGCCACCACGCUGGCUGGCUUGCCCUUGCGACAGCGCUUGCGCGCGGCCACCUGGUCCGCCGUGGCCGCCACCACGGUGGCCCUGGUGUCGCCCUUCUCCCUGCCGCUGACCACGAUGGCGGCAACGGCGGCGGCUCUGCUCUCGUCGACCGCCUCGCUGGCUCGCAUGCAUGAUCCCCUGGUGCCCUCCCCGGCAAGCGGCUUCGGGCGUGACACGUCCCAUGUCACGCUCAACAGCAUCUGGCCGGCUCCGAUGGCCGCCGGGGUGGGGGGGGGGGAUCCCUCCCUCGCGAAUGUCCGCGGCAUUGCCCCUGCCCAGGCCGCGUCCAGUGUCCCGGGCCGGCCCGGGCGCCGAGUCACCAUGCAGGAAACCGACAAGCCGACCAUGCGCUCGGACUUGCCCGCCCAUGCGACCGCCCUGCUGGAAUUGCUGGCUCCCUUCAAUCGCCUGGUCCAAUCGCCGGUCAGCGGGAUCCGGAGCUCGGCCCGCUUUGACCGGUCCACCGGCCAGGCGUUGGUCUACCUGCCGCAUGAUCGCCACUUCGACUCGCUCCUGUCGCAUGUCCCGGCCCCCUGGGAGUCGCGUCUGUCGCACAAUGGUGCCUUGGUCACCCUGUCUGACACGCCGGGCCCAACGCAGGAGGCGGAAUUGCUGCCGACCACGAGCGAACUGCCCCUCUUCAGCCGGGUGUCCCUUCCCUCGCGACUGUCGAUGUCGGUCUCCUCAUCGACUUUGUCCGCUGCAUCUGCCCUGGCCGCCAUGGUUCGCCGGCUGGACCAGUCCCACUCGCUGGAGGAAAUCAGCCUCUCGGCGAGCUCCCUUGGCUGUCUUGAGGACUCGGAGGAUGUCCUGGUGACGGCUCUCCUCCGGCACCGCAUGUCAAUGAAAUCCCUCUCCCUGCAGGAUAUUUCCCUUUCGCCGGAGGGAUGCCGGCGGCUGCUUACCGUGGGCCAGCUUUUGUCCCUCCGCCUGUCCGGGAAGUCCUUCGAAUCCUUCAGCUUCCCGGAGAAUGAUCGCCUGAGGCUGGACCAGCUGUCCCUUUCCGCCUCGUCUGCGUCGCCGGAAUUGGUCACGCGAAACCUGGACGCCCUGCCAGCCUCGAUCAGUCGCCUCUCCUCUCUCUGUCUUGAAGACCUGGACCUUACUCAGGCACGUCUGAGCAUGCUCUUCUACGAUUUGAAGCAUGCCAACCUUCGGUCGCUGUCCAUCAAGAACUGCUUCCUCGACAAGUCGGCAGUCAAGUCCCUGGCCAGUGGACUGUCGAGUGGCCGGGUCCCGGUGUCGAUCUCCAUCUCCUGCCCCACGUCGACGAUAUCCUCGCUGGAUAUGGCUCGCAUUCUUCUGGCCCGGGUGCCUGCCAUUCACAGCUGCUCCAUCCUGUCCCACUCCUUGGGGGACAUUCCCCACAACCAGGGGGACCUGAACGAAAUUCUCACCAUGCCCAGCAGCCUGGCCUUCCUGUCACUGAACUCGCCACACAACACACCCAUCUGCUGGGCCCGGGAUCAGAACCCCGCGCAGGUGUCCUUCGAGCAUAUGAUCCGCACCUCCGAUCGGUGGUUUGAUCAGUCGGCUUUGUCCGGCUCGCGAGACUCGCCGCGGUUCCUCUUCGCGCCGGGCCCCAUUGGCCGGGCCUUCCACGAGUGUCUCUUCACCGCGAUGCGCCCCACCUCGAGCGAUCCCUUCGCCAUGCGGAUGGACUUGGACGCGCAGCUGGCCUCCAUUGAUCAGGAGCUCGGGGCCAAUGAUGCCGAGAGCGAUGCCCACGCCCGGCUGCGGGCGGUCCGCCGUGUGAUCGAAUCUCGCCGGAGCCUCCUCGAGUCGACGAUCUAUUCGGAGUGGUUCCGCGAGCGGCGCACGGCCACCUCGCUGCUGAGCAGUGUCUAUCUGACGCUGGCCUGUCGGCCGUCGGGUCUCCGUGCUCUGACAGCCCAGCAGGUGCUGGCCCUGUUUGGGGACCUGGGCCUGAAGCUGCCAGCCACGCGCCUUCGGCAGAUGGCCACCCCGCCCGACAGCGCGGUCUGGUCAUCGGUGUCCUCGCGUCGGCUGAGCGCCUUCCCGGAGAAUGUGGCCUCCAGUUCGGAUCUCUAUAUCAAUGGGGAGCUCUUGGCCAAUCUGUCGGUCACCGGGCUGGCUCUUCUGACCGGGCUACCGAUCGAGGUGUGCCUCCUGUUUGCCCUGCGCCUGGUGCAUGCGGCGGUGUCCGUGCCAUCGGACUUGGCCAUCCAGCUGUCUGAGCGCCAUCCGCACGACCAGAAGCUCGACCAGCAGGCGGCCCUCCUUUCGGCCCUGCUGCCGCCUCACCUGCAGUCCCGGUCGUGGCUGCCAGCAGCCGGGGUGUGUGGCGCCGAUGUCAAACGCACCCGGCCCAUUCCGCUGAUGAACUUGGGUGCCGAGCAACUUAGGGAUUGGCUGAGUGGGAUUGGCGACCCGGCGGCCGCGGCGGCUCUCUUCCCCUCGAGCACGGCGAUGGAUGAGCAGGAGGAGGACCGCCAGGCGGAUGUUAGCCCGCUGCCGGCCCUGCGCCUGCUGGCCUACCAGUCGCUGCACUUUGACCGGCAGCAUGUCGAGGAGCGCGAGCGCCAGGUGGCCCAACUGGGCGCCAGCCUUCGGGCGGCCUUCCCCGGGCAGGCGCGGUAUACCCGCCUGCAGGUGGCGUCCACCAUUUUGGAGGACAACCCCACGUCCGGGUCCCAGGAGCAGCACGUUGCGGAGGGCGAUCGGUCGAAAUUGGCCCUGCUGGCCUCGGUGACCGGGCUGCACCCGGCGACGGAUGUUCUGGCCAUGGAGGCCCUUUGGCCCGGCCGGACGGCCGGGCAUGCACUGUCCUCCACUCAGCCGGAGCUCUUUGAUACGGAGCCCCGGGUGGCCGAGGCCAUCCGGAUGGCUGUCGCGAGCGAGGUUCACCGGGGACAGCUGCCCGACUGGGUGGCCGGGUUCCCGAUGAUGGUCAAGCUUGGCGCCAUCAUCGAUACUUACCGCACUGCGCUGGCUAUCCCGCCCUUCCAGUACCUGAAUCCCCGCGCACAGUUGGUGCAUCGUCUUCCUCCGGACGACAAUCCGGAGACCGACGACAACUCCAACGAGCCUGGGCCUGAUGCGAGCCCCGCCGAGGCGCCCCCCCUCACCCCUGCCCAGGCAGCCCUGCUGCGCUUCGACCCGGAGGCCACUUCCAGCUCGUACACCUGGCUCGAGGCGUUAACUGAGUAGCCUCCUCCCCUCCUCUCCCCCUCCCCCACCAUCCCCUCCGGGACUGCGCCGAAGGGAGGAGAAAGUGAGAGCGAGAGAACACCGCAGCCGAUCAGCCGGGUGCCCCC